UGCCUGUUGUUGCUGCAAGCUUCAUACAUGUAAACUGCACCGAGUCUGAUUAUACACGUCCUUGUUUAAUCCUCUUUCUGUGAAUUUUUUUUUUAAAUAUAUCUGUAUAUAUCUGUUUAUAUAUAGAUAUAUAAUAACUGAGUUUUUCAGUAAACAUUAGACGAUGUGUUGUGUUCCGUUAGCUUGUAGAGCUUCAUGCUAGCCGCUAGCUGUGAGGCUGAGUGCCGCUUCUCGCCGUCUGUAAGUUAUUUAUAAAUCAUAAGGCAGCAUGAGUGAGAAGGACAGCGGGAACUGUGAGGCCGCAGCUGGUAAAGAAGGCCAGCUGUCCCUCUGCGGGAGCAAAAGCAGGAGUGGAAACAGUUCCCCUCCGGAGGCGGACGCCGGGUUUGACAUGGACGACCCGGAGGAGGAAGAGGAGAGCGACGCGCUGGACGCAGGCGAGCCGAGAGAGAGCGCGCCGAGCCCCGCCGAGCCGUGCGACGAGAGCGCGCCUAAGCGCUGCGUUUAUGACGGCUGCUCCGAGACCAGCGCUCUGGGCGCCAAGCAGAGGAAACCGUGGAUGUGUAAAAAACACCGCAACAAAAUGUACAAGGACAAGUACAAGAAGAAGAAGAGCGACCAGGCCAUGGCGUCUGGGAAAUCCGAAGAGGGCUCAGAGGAGAGGCCUGUGUCUGUGACAAAGCAGCGGCUCGGCACUAUUGGAGAGCGACCUACAAGACCUUCACUCAUAGAGCAAGUGUUAAACCAGAAGAGGCUGUCUCUCUUGCGGAGUCCAGAGGUCAUCAGUUUUCUCCAGCAGCAGCAGCGUCUCCUCAGCAUGCAGACACAAUCUCAAAGACAUGACCAGCAAAGCUACUGAGCACUGUGUGUACUCACAUUUUACUGGGAUUUUACACCUUACAAGUACUUUAGGAAGAGUUUAUUAAGCUUAAGAAAGCAUGAAGGGUUUGGACUUGGGCUGAUGUUACACUGCAACGCCACCCUUCUCCACUGUGGUGUGACGUCACACAUUUCAUCACAGCCUGGACGAGCUGUCUGAUCAUUUUUAGUAGCAGUUCUACUGUAUAUAAAAUAAUUUUUAAACUACCACUUGGGUCUUCAUCACAUGCUGUUAUUUUAUGAGUCAUGAUGCAUUUGUCAUUUUAAAACAAUCAUGUAAACGCAGCUACACAGUAUCACAAGAGGUGAUUCUUUAACACUAGUGACUUUGUGUGUUCAUAGAAAUUCAUGUUUUAACCACUUAAUUAUUGUGAUAUCAUUAAUGCGUAUAUUUAAACCAGUGUACAUGCAUCCUUAUUGUAAGUAUGUGAUUAGCUAAGUAUCACAUUCUUUUUAUAUAGGUACUAAAACUAUUGGAAAUCCUGUCUGAGGUUUUAGGAAUCUCAAUCUCAAAUACAUUUGAAUAAUUGAUCA